CAGAUGAGGUUAAGAAGGCAUCGGGCAUCAGUCAACCUUUCCUGAUGUCGUGUAGCCGGGCCCACGAGGUUGGCUGAGUCAUGCAGUCAUGGCCAACAAAAAGGCACUGUAUUCUAUAGCAGUGGUCAUACUCGGCUUCAUCUGCUUCAUAGUGGGUGCUAUAGCCGUUGGACUGCCAAAUUGGGGAUAUUUUUACAGUUAUGACAAUGAUCUUCAACUGUCGAUGCUGUCAUCUUAUUAUUUGGUAAACCCUAGCUACGAGCAAGGCUACUUCGGACCAUGGAACAUGUGCAAGAAAAUGUCAUACAACAGGGAGAAAUGUGGCGCAGACGUCUCCAAGUUCCGACCAUCCACGGCCGUGUAUAUAGCGGGUGUGGUCGCCGUCAUAGGAGUGACAGUGCUGGGUGUGUUCUGCGUACUGUCAGUACUUCAAUUAGCCAUGAUAUCGUCAAAGGAGCGUGUUGGAUUCAAGUACACGCACCUGGUGAUGAUGAAGCUGGCGCUCGCGUUGUUAGCCGCUCUACUGUCCAUAGCGGCAGCUGGCCUGUUCGCUGUCCAGGGCGAUGACAGAGGAUUCUACCUUACCAGAGGAGAAGCUUUUUAUGUUCAGAUAGUAUGCAUAGUUAUAAAUGCACUACUGUUCAUAAUGUCACUGUACGACGCGUUGUUCUCGCGGCGAGUCGGCGGCGACCCAACCAACGCUGGUGACGCACCAGAGGGCACCACCAUCAACAAUCCUGGUUUCAAGGAAGGAAGAGGAAUCUCAAUGACAGACGCGUCAGGGAAACCAUACAGCACGAACGGCCACGGGAGCGUCGGCUCAGUCAACACCACCGCGACUACACUAACAGGCUUGUCAGACGCGAGCACCAUCACCAGGUCACCACUCCGAUCGUCGCUGAAGAAACCCAGGCCCCGAGAAGGAGAGCCAGGCGGGUUGGGCAUCCAGAACCCUGGGUAUUCCGGUCAUUCGCCAACUCUUAACCGCAAUGGGAGUCAGAAAAAGGUGCGCAUUCAAACGCAUAGUACUGAAGUAUAAUUUGUAGGUUAGAUUAAGUUUGAAAUGUGUCGGUUGUGGCUCUAAAUAUAUGGAUGGGUUGUGGUAUACGGGAUCAUAUUAAAAAGAAUAUCAUUCCAUAAAUUUAUCGUACCAAUAUCGCGUUCAGCAGAGAAACGAGCAGGCCGAAGUAGAGAAUACGGUCGUAAUUUUAGAAAAGUUUACAAAAAAUACGUAUUUCUGUUUUUUAUUUUAAAAGGCACAAUUAUAACUCCAAUUAAAUGUUUGUAUUAUAUAUAAUACAUACCGUUUAUUAAUUAUGAAAUAAUCAAUAAACGGUAGGUAUUUAAAAAGAUAUGACCCCAGUUUUAAUGGGAUGUGAACUACAUACAUUAACAUUGCAGUAAAAUCAUGUAUAUCUUCACACGAUAUUAUCACGGGGUAUGAGCAAGAACUGCUAACCUCCAGGAAGUUGCAAAAUACCUCUGUAGAUCUGAGCAGUUCGUAAUUUUAUUAAAUUGGAUGAUCCGUAAUAUGUUGCUGUAUAAUUUAAGAUUUCUCUCAGUAUUUUUAAGAAGAAGACUAAAUAAUAUUAUUCGACUGAUUUCUUGCUUCUCCUAUGAAUCUCAUUUGUUAGUCAUCCAAACAAUGCUCCUUUACCUCAUUAGUCUUUGAGAGAACUCAAAUUUAUACUGCUGUGUUGAUGUCUGUACAAAAGAAAAUGUUUUUAAAUUAGUUUAUGAAUAUUAAUACUGGAAUCGUUUAGUGAUUACUUAUUAAAGUAAUAAUAUUAAAAAAAAACAAUCUUUUAAGUGGCGUCAGUUGUUUAGCGGAUAAUUCACUGCCUCUUGUUAUAGUCGCAGGUUCAAUUUUUGCACAAUAUAUCUGGCUGGGUGUUUUUCUCUAUAUAUUUUAUAUGUUUCUACUACCACCACCAGUGAGUUAUUCA